GGGCGCGACGACACUCCCUCUGGUCAGAUCCAAACGUUCGGCUUCGAGCUUCGCCUCGCUGACAGCACAAGAGAGCAUGACGUGAAAAUUUAGAAUUUGUCAUCCCCUCUUGGUGUGACCUGCUGGGCCCGGGAAAUCCCCUCGACCAUUUCCCCAAGCUCCUCCCCGUCCGCCGCCUCACGCCGCCCGCCGCCCGCCGCCGCUGCCUGCUCGCGCGCGGCAGCCGCCUCCCGGAUCGCUACCCCUUCACCGGCCAUCGCCGCCAGCGACGACGGCUCCAUGACUAUGAUGACCCCUUCCCCUCUCGAGCAGCAGGAGGAUGAAGAGAUGCUGGUGCCACACCAGGAGCUCUCCGCCGCAGACGCCGCGCAGCCAAUGGAAGUGGUGGCGCAGACGGAGCCUACGAACACGGCGGAGAGCCAAGCACCUGAGGACCCGCAGACUUCCCGGUUCACCUGGACGAUAGAGAACUUCACCAGGGUCAGCGGGAAGAAGCACUACUCGGAUGUGUUUGUCGUUGGUGGAUUUAAAUGGCGUGUGCUAAUUUUCCCCAAGGGAAAUAAUGUGGACCAUCUCUCGAUGUACUUGGAUGUUGCAGACUCGGGGAACCUCCCUUACGGAUGGAGCCGGUAUGCUCAGUUCAGCCUAGCCAUUGUAAACCAGAUCCAUCAGAAGUAUACAGCACGCAAAGAUACUCAACAUCAGUUUAAUGCACGUGAGAGUGACUGGGGUUUCACAUCUUUUAUGCCUCUGAGUGAGCUGUAUGACCCAAGUAGGGGCUAUCUCGUGAAUGAUACUGUUGUUGUUGAAGCUGAGGUUGCUGUUCGCAAAAUGGUUGACUAUUGGACUUAUGACUCGAAAAAGGAAACAGGUUAUGUUGGUCUCAAGAAUCAGGGUGCUACCUGUUAUAUGAACUCUCUUCUGCAAACCCUGUAUCAUAUACCUUACUUUCGGAAGGCUGUGUAUCACAUGCCAACUACUGAGAAUGACAUGCCAUCUGGGAGUAUUCCUUUAGCCCUGCAGAGCCUUUUUUACAAGCUCCAGUAUAGCGACAAUAGUGUAGCUACAAAAGAGUUGACUAAAUCUUUCGGGUGGGACACCUAUGAUUCUUUCAUGCAGCAUGAUGUGCAAGAGCUCAAUAGAGUUCUAUGCGAGAAACUUGAAGACAAAAUGAAGGGAACUGUUGUGGAAGGAACAAUUGAACAACUAUUUGAAGGCCACCACAUUAAUUACAUCGAGUGCAUUAAUGUUGACUAUAAAUCUAACAGAAAAGAGUCCUUUUAUGAUCUACAACUUGAUGUCAAAGGUUGUCAUGAUGUUUAUGCAUCAUUUGAUAAAUAUGUCGAAGUGGAGCGUCUAGAGGGUGAUAACAAAUACCAGGCUGAACAACAUGGCUUACAGGAUGCAAGAAAGGGCGUACUCUUUCUUGAUUUCCCUCCUGUUUUGCAACUUCAACUGAAGCGUUUCGAAUAUGAUUACAUGCGAGACACAAUGGUUAAGAUUAAUGACCGUUAUGAGUUCCCACUACAACUCGAUCUUGAUAAGGAUGAUGGAAAAUAUCUUACUCCAGAUGCAGAUAGAAGUAUUAGGAACCUUUACACUCUUCACAGUGUUCUUGUUCAUAGUGGAGGAGUACAUGGUGGUCACUACUACGCUUUCAUACGGCCUACACUCUCAGACCAGUGGUAUAAAUUUGAUGAUGAGCGAGUAACAAAAGAAGAUACUAAAAAAGCGCUUGAAGAGCAGUACGGGGGCGAGGAAGAGUUGCCUCAAGUUAACCCUGGUUUCAAUAACACCCCAUUUAAGUUCACAAAGUAUUCAAAUGCCUACAUGCUUGUAUAUAUUCGUGAGAGUGACAAGGAGAAAAUAAUGUGUAAUGUUGAUGAGAAGGACAUUGCUGAGCAUUUGAGGAUAAGGUUGAAGAAAGAACAACAAGAGAAAGAACACAAGAAAAAGGAAAAAGCUGAAGCUCACCUCUACACCAUCAUAAAGGUUGCUCGAGAUGAAGAUUUGAAGGAGCAGAUUGGGAAGAAUAUAUAUUUUGAUCUGGUGGACCACGAAAAAGUCCGUAAUUUUCGUAUACAGAAACAAUUACCCUUUAAUUCAUUCAAGGAGGAAGUUGCAAAGGAAUAUGGCAUUCCGGUACAGUCUCAGCGCUUCUGGUUGUGGGCUAAGAGGCAAAAUCAUACAUACCGGCCCAAUCGUCCGCUGGCCCCUCAUGAAGAAGCACAAUCAGUGGGGCAACUUAGGGAGGUAUCAAACAAGGCACACAAUGCUGAGCUGAAGCUAUUUCUUGAAGUAGAGCUAGGAUUGGAUUUGCGCCCAAUUCGUCCUCCCGAGAAGAGCAAGGAAGAUAUUUUACUUUUCUUCAAGCUUUAUAAUCCUGAAAAGGAAGAGCUUCGGUAUAUCUCCUCUCAAGGAUCAACUUCUAUUUUUGAUACAAAAGACUCAGACACUGACAUCAUUUUGUUAUACAGUUUUGUUGGUAGGCUUUUUGUUAAGGCUUUGGGAAAGCCAUCUGAUAUCCUGACAAAACUUAAUGAAAUGGCUGGAUUUUCCCCAAAUGAAGAAAUCGAACUUUAUGAGGAAAUUAAGUUCGAGCCUAAUGUGAUGUGUGAACAUAUUGACAAGAAACUUAGUUUCCGAUCUAGCCAGCUUGAAGAUGGGGACAUAAUCAGUUUCCAAAAGCCAUCUAUACCAGGUGGCGAUACUCAAGUGCGCUAUAAAGAUGUUCCUUCUUUCUUGGAGUAUGUUCAUAAUAGGCAGGUUGUGCACUUCCGGUGUCUGGAGAAACCAAAGGAGGAGGGAUUUUGUUUGGAAUUGUCGAAGCUUCAUACUUAUGAUGAUGUUGUUGAGAGAGUUGCACGCCAACUUGGAUUGGAUGAUCCAUCAAAAGUUCGGCUUACGUCUCACAAUUGCUAUUCUCAGCAACCUAAACCACAGCCCAUCAGAUAUCGUGGAGUAGAGCAUCUAUUGGAUAUGCUUGUCCAUUAUAAUCAGACUUCUGACAUACUGUAUUAUGAAGUCUUGGACAUUCCACUGCCAGAAUUGCAGUGUUUAAAAACACUUAAAGUUGCAUUUCACCAUGCAACGAAAGAUGAGGUUGUAAUUCACAGCAUCAGGCUUUCGAAAAAUAGCACCAUCAGUGAUGUGAUCACUGACUUGAAGACCAAGGUUGAACUAUCCAAUCCUGAUGCUGAGCUCCGCUUGCUUGAAGUUUUCUACCACAAGAUUUAUAAGAUAUUUCCACCUCAUGAGAAGAUAGAGAACAUAAAUGAUCAGUACUGGACACUACGUGCUGAGGAGAUUCCAGAGGAGGAGAAGAAUCUCACUGCACAGGAUCGGUUGAUUCACGUCUAUCAUUUCAUGAAAGAUCCUAAUCAGAACCAGCAGAUUCAGAAUUUUGGAGAUCCCUUUUUGCUGGUCAUCCGUGAAGGUGAGACUGCUGCAGAGGUAAUGGACCGUGUGCAGAAAAAACUCCGAGUUCCCAAUGAAGAAUUCGCCAAGUGGAAGGUUGCAUUCAUAUCCAUGAAUCGUCCAGAAUACCUCCAGGAUAUUGAUGCUGUGUCUGCACGCUUUCAGAGGAGAGAUGUCUAUGGAGCUUGGGAACAAUACCUUGGUUUGGAGCAUACUGACACAACACCCAAAAGGUCUUACGCAGCUAAUCAGAAUCGACACACAUAUGAGAAGCCUGUGAAGAUUUACAAUUGAGAAACCUUCCAUCUGGGCUGCAAGCCUCGGGACAAAGGCCUCAUCCGAGAAAGUAUGCUAAAGAGGCCAAGUGACCUCAACAGAAGGGAAAUGCUGUCAAAUAUAUGGUCAUUUGUGUGCCAAGGCCUAUAUUACUUGCUACUUGUUGACAGUCGGUGCUGUGGUUGGCAGAAGGAUAUAUUCUUUGAGGCUUUCCCUCUUGCCUGCUCCCUGACAACGAAGCAAGCAUGCUGAUUUCGUUGUCCUGAGUGUGAUAGACCCCACUAGGAUAGAUGUUGCUUCUUUUGUGCAGAGCAGAGCUGGUACAUAAGAAAAUGAUUUUGGUAGGGGCAUGUAUACAUGGUUAUAGCCGAGACUGAUUGCUUUAUUUGCUGCUCCGGCAUUGGAACAAUGGGGUAGAUUGUAUAAUGGGUUUGUGGCUGGUUCCAGUUUUUGGUGUCCAUUGUGAAUGUAGGCAGUAACUUCAGCAGAAAGUAGUCUCAUGAGUUUCA